AUGAAAUUCUAUUUGAGAGAAAUUAAAAACAAAGUAUUUUUAGAAGCUCGUUUUCAGUCUUUUCUAGCUUUAUCCGUCGUUUCUGCGCACUGGUUACGGCCGAUAAAAAGGGAGCCGAAGAAGCAAGACUUCAACAUUGACGAGUUUAUCCAGCAGCUUGACAUGCAACUUGGCCAGCUGGACAAGCAACAAUCAAAGAAUCAAGAACACUUGACUUUGAACACUUUAUUCUGA